CGCCAAUGUGGGCGCGAACUUCCGGGAUAAGUUUCAAGGUCGCUUGUUAGCGAAACAAAAUAAAUAGCUCUGCGGUGGUGAAUUAAGUGAUUUAUUUCAUUUUAGACUCAUCUGAGUCAGACUUUGUCAAAUUUAAUCAGGAUGUCUUGUCCAGUGAGUCAGCCUGCAGUGGAUCUGAACCCGGCCAUGCUCCCUCUGGAGUGGCUCUUGGGAACGUGGGAAUCGGACGAGCCCGGUCAAGGCUCCUUCCCCACCAUCUCACCUUUCCACUACAAUGAGACGCUGUAUUUCACUCAUGUGGGACAGCCAGUCAUCAACUUCAUGUUUAACGCUUUCCAUGCUGAGAGUAAAAAGCCACUUCACAGAGAGAGCGGUUUCAUCCGGAUUCAGCCCGGCACCAACACCGUGGCCUUCAUCAUCGCUCAGAACUUAGGACUAGUAGAGAUUGAGGAAGGUGAGCUGGAGGGACAGAAACUGACUCUGCAGAGCCGAGCUUUGGCCAGGACAUCUUUCGCCAAGCAGCCGUACGUCCAGCAGAUCUCCAGGGUCUUCCAGCUAAGAUCAGACGGGAGACUGGAGCAGACGGUGUUCAUGGCGCUGGACAACCAACCCCUGACCCAGCACUUACACAUCACCUACCGCCGAACUUCCUCAUCUCUGAAAAGCCAGCAAUAAACAUCUCUCUCUCGCUCACACACACACACUUAUCCUACAUUCACACUAGCAAGCGACAAAAUUUUUUUCAUUUUCUACAUUCAUACGUGCAUGAAACAUGCGAUUUUCACACUGAUCAGUUAGCGUUAGAUGCUAUAUAUAGCUACCUCCAUUUCUCAUCAGAGAGUUCAAAAAAAAAAAAAAAAAUGCUGGACAGGCCACGCCCACGAGCGACUUUGUCACUUGCUAGCAUGAAUGUAGGAUUAGCUGAGUGUGGCAGGGAACUGUGGUGUUUAGGGUCAUUUUGAGGAAGCAUUAUGUGUUUGAACUGACUUAAAAUGUUAAACAUGAUGAUUUUUGUGAAGUUUGUGUGUCUGAGAGACGGAAAUGUAGCUAUACGAAAUUACAGCCGUAAUAAAUCCAGUGGAAAUAGAACCAUUAAAGGGGUGUUUUGGUGAAA